UAACAAAAAACAAAAAUAAAAGAAUGUUUCCCUUGUUUUUCUUUGUAAAUAACGUUUUUUAACGUUUCUAAGGCAGCGAAAUGGACAAGUCGCGGUCCAGUGCCUACGACAGGUUCGUCAGCUUCGUGGACCAGCUGCGCAAUACGGAAUGCAGUCAGAAGCAGAAAAUCACCUGCUUCCAGCAGAUCGCCGAGUGCAUUAUGUCUCCCUCGCUGGCCAGCCACAUCAACUAUCCCGCACACUGUGGCACGGCCACCAAUGUGCUGCUGCUCUUCUGCGAAGACCUGGACUCGGUGGUGCGGAUGAGCGCCGAGGAGAACCUGAACAGGAUCUUCAGGGCACUGGAAAAGACGCGGGUCAGUCGCAUCCUGAUGGACCUUUAUGGCGAGAUUAAGAGGAACGGGAAUCAGAGAUCUUUGAGGAUUUGCCUGAAUCUAUUCUCGUACUACGCCCCUCAGAUUAAGGAGAAGCACAUCAAGUGGUAUGCUGUGAGGCUUCUGCAGUGCAUGUCCACCAUCUCCCAGCGCAAGGAGACGCUGCUCCAGGAGACGCUCUGCGACUUUGUGAAGCACUUUGGUCGCUAUGUGCAGCAGGGUCUCAGCGACAGCGAAUCCUGCAAGUUGUUCGAGAUAUUUCUGGACAACAUUGGUGCGGAUUGUGCCGUGAAGCGUCGCUGCUCGGCCCAAAAUUGCAUCAGUCUGAUUGAGUAUGCCCGCAAUAGGAGUCUCAUGGCCAGGCACGGACUGGGCAAAGUGAUGGAGCUCCUGCUGACGGAUCAGCAGACCAGCAGCGUGCUGGGUGCCCUGGGACUGCUGCGUCUCCUGCUGCCGCAGCUUAUACGGGGCUACUCGGCCGCCAGCCAGGAGGACUCCGAGUCCUUGGCCGGUCAGCAGCAGCAGCAGCAGCCGAAGCAUCAGAAGAGGCAGCAGCAGCAGCAGCAGACAACGACCUCCGACUGCCGGCAAAUUAUUGAAAUUUAUGAUUAUUGUUUGCACCUGCUGAGCACGCAGCACACCACGAAUCACGCCAUCAUAAAUGCCACCCUGGAGGUCAUCAACGGCAUACUCCAGGCACUGGAUGCCCCUUCCGAUGGCCAAUACCAGGGCCACAGCCUGGGCCAAAGUUUGCGGCAACUGUUGUGCAAUCAACAACUGCAACACAAUGAGUAUUUGCGGCGAAGGAAAUCAUUAAAGAAUCAAAUAUUCCAAUUGAAAAAUUACGAAGUGGCGACAAGUCAACAGCCAGUGCAGGAUGAGCUUGCGGAUGGGGAUGAGGAUGCUGAUGGGGAUGGGGCGACUGCAAUGCAAAUGAAAAAGAAUUCAAAUGCAAAACUGCAGCAGCCAAAGUGUCAACAGCAGCGGCAGCAACAACAACUCGAGGUUGACAGCAGCUCGCUGGGAAUUAAUGCCGGAGAAGAUGCCACGACCGAGGCUGCAAGUUCCGUCGCUGAUGAAGGAGCAAAGGCGCAGCGAGGCCACAUUAGGAAUGCCGCACGCAGCAUCAGCGAGUGUGUGGCCUCCGUGGAGGAGCGGCAGGGCGACGAUGAUGACAUGGACGAUGAUGACGACGACAUGGAGCUGCUGAGCGCCGAGUGUGAUGACUUUACAACCCUGUCGCAACUAAAUGAACAACAACGGUCGCUGUCAGCGGCCCUGCAAUUGCCCGCAACAACUGCAGCAACUACGGGCGAUAAACUGAUUGAUGUUGAUGCCGAUGUUGGGGGGCUGCCUAAACCGCAGCAUCAGUCAUCUCUGCAGAAUCUGCUCGCCGGCAGCGAGGACAAAUCCCAGCAUUUGAGUGACAUCGACAAUGAAUCUUUCAACAGCAUCGAUUUCGAAGCCGAAAUCACAAUUGCCGGCAGCGGCGGCUCUGGCAGAGAGCAACAGCAACAGCAAACAGAGCAGACGCAUCCCACGGCGGAUGGUUCCGGGGAAUCCGAGCCCGGCGACGCAACAGCAAUUGGCACAUUCUUCAACAACCUGCUGUCCCACUCCAAUGCAGCCUCGGAGUCGGUCAGUAAGCUCUUUCGUCAAUCAGGCGGCUCUAAGUCCACGCCCUCCAAGUCGGCUCACGCGGACAAAUCGGACGCCGUCUCGACCGCCUCGCUAACGCUCUCGCUGAGCUCCCUGGCUAGCAGCAAUAUGGAGCCACCGGAGCGCCAGCCCUCGAUUGCGGAAACGCCAACGCCCGUGGAGGACUCCUUGUCGGCUACUGCCUCGCACACAGCCUCCACAGCCCUCAUGAUGGAUGCCCCAGCAGAAGAGGCAGGAGGAAAGGAAGGUCUGGGCCCUGGAAUGGACUACUCUAAGCCCGAGACACCGCAGAUGCGAAGCACGCCCAACGCUAAUCCCUUUCUGGUGGAGAACUCCCCGCUUCGGCAGACAGUUGUGGGACGUGCCCUGAUCAGCGUGAAAAUUGGCAGCAUUAUGGAGCAGUCCUUGGUCUACUACACGGCUCGUCUGGUGGCAGCCCGAUUCCUACUCAGCGGACAGGCAGCGGGUCUGCAGCCGGACAGUGUAUGUAGGGUUUCCAUCAAGAGCCUCUCGCUGGCCGUAAUCGCACAGUGCGUGCGCCUGGCCCCUCGAGUGCUUCAGCUGACCGUAGAGAUCAGCGAUCAGGAGCUGCAGCUGCUGGAGCAGACCAGUUGCCACACCGAAAGUGGCGAUAGCACUCAGGUUUCCAGUCCCCAGAGCAGCGAUAAUUCACAGGUAGGUGGGGAGAAGCAGAGGGUAGACAGUCCGUUGAUGCAAACGGAAGUGGAGGACAACCUGCUCCUGCUGGACAUCAAAGACGAUCACUUUGGGGCCAGCACUUGCCCAGCUUACCUGCAGCAACCGGCACCCACACUUACUCGCAGUGCCGAUGCUUCUGUUCUGCUACUGGGAGAAAGCUCUGCCUCCCAGCCUGCCAAGAACUCAGCCAAGGAAGACAAGCUGUCCAAGUCCGAGAUCAUUGGCAGCUCUUUUCGCCCCACGGUGGCAGUGGAGGACGUGCCGCCGUUGAGCCUGCCGCCGCGUCCCCCGAAGCGUACCAAGUCGACACGGAGUCGUACAGGUAUCAAUGGGGUGAUGUCCACCGCAGGCAGUUCCCAGACACCCAUCUGCCAGGCGCUUUCGGAUGUUCUACUCUACCAUGACCACUGUGAUCCCAUCUUACGCGGCGGCGUUCAGCAGGUAGUGGGUUUCUUUCUGCAAUCCAGCGGAGCUGGUCUGUAUCUGGAGCUGCAGCGUGGACUGGGUCUGCAACACUUGCUGGCCGUUUUGCUGAAGGGCUUUGAGGACGAGAUCCACACAGUGGUUAUACAAGCGUUGAAUGCAUUCGAUAAGAUAUUUCCGCAUGUGGUGUCCAAAUAUUUGACAGAGCCGCCAUGUCAUUAUCAUGCUCAUCAGCAGCAGAAGCAGAAGCAGCAGGAGCAACAGCAGGACGACCAGGACCUGCAACGACAUUCAAGUGGACAACAAAAGCGUCCGGGCCAGGCGCAAACAUUUGGCCAACAAACUUUUGCAAAGGACCAGGAUAAUGCCUUAAGCAGUCAACGGCCGCAACAAAAGCGUCCUAACGAUGCCGGGACAUGUGCCAAGUCCUCGGCCACAGAUAAUGAUGAGCUACUGGCUGCUCUUUUGAAUGAUUUCCAAUUGCAAUCGACUGGCAUGCAGCAGCAGCAGCAGCAACAGCAAAAGAAUAAUGGCAACGGCAGUGGGCAGUUGGGUAAUGAGCCCGAACCGUUCUGUGUGUUUGCCAUCUCACCCAAAUUGCUCUUGAGCAAACUCCGGCUCUGCCAUCACAAUAAAUAUUGGCUGGUCCAGAAUAAAUACGCCGAAGUUAUUUCGAAUUUAAAUUACGUGCUGCUGCGGUCGUACUACGCAAAUUUUCGUUGUGGCCUCGACAGCAAUAACACCAGCGCCGAGCCGGAGGAGCAGCAGUCGCACUCGACGAAGGAAGCCAGCGAUUCCGGAUGCGGAAGGCUGGAGAGCGAGGACAUUGUCUGCACUUAUGAGGCACAGUUCCUGGCUGAACUUUUACAUCUGCUCGGCGACGAUGAUGCGCGGGUGCGGGAACAUGCCGCCUGCUGUCUUUGCCGGUUUAUAAUGCAAACGGCGCGCCAGGAGCAACUGGCAACCGACUGGGAUGAGGAUGAGGGAUGCGAGAUCGAAGGCAAUGGCAACGGGAAUGGCAACGUCAACGUGGAAACUCAACAAACUAAUUUCAAUUUGCUGUGGGAUUUUUUCGACUAUCGCAUAUUUGGCAGCAUGUCCGUGACGUUGCGUAAUUUAUUCCGGGCCAGUUCGACGAUUGUGCCUCCGUUGGCGGAGCUGGAUGCACUGCCCUCCACGGCCUCCGCCUGCCCGGAGGCUGGCAUCACGUCCAUGAUGGGAAGCAGCUCCUCCUGCCCCUUAGGAUCGGCAGCCGAAGCGGCAGCCUUCGCGGCGUCGGCCUACUUCGAUGGCAGUUACGGCACCGGCAUAGCUGAGGGGCAUGUUUUUGCCCUGGCGGGCCAACGUCAAAUCGCGCUGGAGGAAAAAGUUUUGGCCAAAGUUUUGUAUCGCUUGACAAAUAAAUUGAUGACGCUGAAUGAUAAAAAUUUGCAGUUUGGAAUAAUUUACGCGCUGCGCCUCCUGCUCAGGCACUUCAAUUUCGUGGACUAUCAACAGGCCUGGGUGGAAUUCAAUUUCGUAGAAAUUUGCAUUAGCCAUGCCUACUACAACAAUGCAACGGCGGCGGACCUCAGUUGCCAGAACGAUUUGAUUGAUGUGAUGGGCAAAUUAAUGGCAGGUGCCAUGUUGAGCUCUGGUGAGCCGAGGACUCCCCACCUGGACUUUCUGCUGCGUCACAGCCUCAAGAUGCUGAACAUCUACUACCACCUGGUCACCAAUCAGCGCCCGCCCUCCGGCUCGCACUCAGCCAGCUCGAAGGCGCCCAAGAGCGAGCUCUUCGCCCGGGAGCAGCCCGGGGCAGCAGCCCUCCAGGCUCUGGGUUACUUUGCUGGCGAUUACGUUUACAUGAAACUUUACAACAUUUUAAGAGGUGCUAAUGACAGCUACAAGAUAACCAUAAAUCACGAGGCCGGCAGCUUAUUAAUUUGUCUCCUGAAGACUUGCCUCAACGCAUUGAGCCUGUGCCUGGAGUUCCUGCCGAGUGCCUCGCCCCCGGAGCUAAAAUUAAUCGAAGAAAUACUCCACUAUUUGACCAAGCUCAUAAAUUAUGCGCCGGCCGAGUGCGUUGCAUGUCUGCGGCAACUGUUGAAAUAUUUAUUCGCCCAAAAUUAUGCCAGCCAAGUGCGGGUGCAGCCGUCGGCCACCGGUGGCCACCAUGCCGCCUUCACGCGGCCCUACUUUGUGGCCAAGGGCAGGGGUCAUGGCGCCGUCUCCACAUUGUUGCCAACAAUAAAUUCAAAACCGGAGCACGGAGCAGGAGGAGGAGCUGCCCGACAACCAAUUGAUACUGCCCCACUCCAAGCCCUGGGCAUGCUCUUUGUGCGUGGCCUGCAGCCGCCCACACCUCCGGCGGGAGAGUGCGCCAGGCUUAUAAAGCUAUUCGAGCCGCUGGUCAUCUACUGUCUAACGCUCUUCAUGAAGUCCAAUGCUCUGAUUCAGGCGCCCAUUUUGCGACUGCUCUCCCAGCUGCUGGAGCUUAAUGUAACCUACAGCAUAUUGGAUUCCAAGAAUGUAAUAUUUGAGCAAAUACUAAACAACAUGGAACUGAUAGAAGGAGGAAUCGAUAGGAACGCCUUCAUCAUUGUUCCACCCAUGCUAAGAUUCCUGGUGCAGCUGACGCACAAGAGCGACCGGCAACUGAUCACCAUACCCAAGAUCAUCAGCAUUACCAACAAUCUUCUGGCCAGUAGCUCCGUACGCGAGGUGGCCCUGCUGGCUCUCAGAACCUUGAGUUACGAGUUAUUCUUCAUGCACAGCCAGCUGGAGGAGGCACUGGACACCGACAGCGGUCAUAAUUCAGGCCGGACGGCUUGCCAGAGCCCGUUGAGUGCUGCACCCACGCCGGAAACCAGGGAGGCCUUGCUGGCGCAGCGACGCGAACUCGACACGCAACGGGAAGUGGUGCUGGGCAUGCUGGAGAAGUUUAUCGAGGCCCGGCCGAGCCAACAGGUGCUGGCCUUACUGCUCUUAUUUGAGCGGAGCGUAGAGCAACUGGAGGAGGCGCCGUAUCGCAGCGCCCAGGAUGCGGACACCGUGUACGGGAUUCUUUGUCGAGGUCUCUGUUCGCGGCAGUGGCGCCUGCACUCAGGCGGAGAUCUGCGGCUGCUGGAAAGCUGCUUCCGCAACAACGGCAACCAUGUGCUGGCCGACAGCAAGGGAUUCCUGCAGUUGCUGCAGCUGUUCAUCGAGCAGAGCGUCGGCAACUUUGGUGAUUUAGCCCUGGCCAUGGUUAUACUGGCCAACGUAAUCCUGAAGACCGAGGAAAUUUAUUUAGUGAAUCACAUAAAACUUUAUUUGAAAAAUAAUCCAACUGCCGAGCGGCGGCUGCAGGCUUUAUUGCCCGCCACAUCGGCCACUCCUCCGUCAUGGCAGGACGAGGCGCCAUCGACAUCUUCGGCGGCUGCAGCUGCCAGAGCCGCCGCCGCUGCAGCCUCCUCCUCCACCGGCCGUGCAGCCAUCAGUGAGAUUAACUAUUUCGCCAAGGUCCUAAGUGAGAAGCUGCUCGCCUGUCUGGAUGCCCUGCUCGGAGGGGCCACAUCCUCAGACUCAACUGCUUUGGAUCACGCCUACUGCCUGCUAGCCGGGCGCUUUGUCGAUGCCCUGAACAAUGUCUGCUGCCGCUCACGGCACAAGGAUGCACUUCAAUCAGUUUUCCGCUUGGUUUUGGCCGAGUCUGAAUUUCUUUGCAAAUACUACAGCCUGCUGUUGAUGAGUGCCGCCGGCCAGGGUGGAUCUGGCUCGUUGGAUGCCUUGCUGCUGGCCUGCAUGAGGCUGACUCUGGCCAUGAGGCUGGAGGAGCCGGUGGUACUGCUAGGGCAGGCGGCCCAGCUGCCUUUGAAACGGAACCUGCAGAGGGCGUUGUUGCGCGAAGUUUGUGGCGCCAAUGUGGGCUGCGACUGGAGUGCGCAACAAGUGCGCCGGCUGUUCGACGGCAGGUAUCUGAAUUUCCUAAUUGCUGACCACUUGGAAUUCCUCUGCGAGCUGUGCCAAGAGCGCCCCGAGUGCGGCUCAUUACUGCAGGUGGCUCUGCUCCAGAACGCGCAUCGCUUGAGCCGGCAAUCCAUCCGCAUCGUCCUUCGGCUAUUGGGACGUCUUUGUGAGUCCGCGGAACAAAAUGCCUCGGGAGACGCCGGAGGAGAUGCUGGGCCCGUGCUGCAGGCCCUGCAGUUGUUGAGUCGCCUGCACCAGCUGCACGACGGACAGCGCUCGCUGCAGCUGCCCAUGGAGCGGAUGGCGCGGCGACUGACCGCCCAGAGCGGGCCUGUCGCCAGGAACGACAUCUACGAACGGCUCGUGGAGGGAGACCUGGCCGGGGGCGAGGACCAGGACGCCCUGCGAACGCUGCUGCUAAAGGACUUGGAGUGCCGCCAGGACAAUGAGACUGCAACGCCGUCGCGCAUAAUUGAUGAGAGCUGGCUCUUUGCGGAGCUAAUCAGGUUCGCCACCCAACAUGCGGAUGCCCCGCAACAGCAGAAACAACUGAUGCUUCUCCUCCUGGAGAUCCAGUCGGAGCCAAAGCUCAACCGCCUGCUCCGGAGUCUGGGGGCCGAGCAGGAGGCUCGGCUAUUGCGCCACGCCAUCGCUGGCUCCCUAACCGCUAUGCUGUCCGACUUUCAGCAGAAGUGCAUCCAACAUGCACCGCACAUCAACUACAUGCAACCGCCGCCGCUGGCACGAGUGUCCUGCUCCUUGCUCCUGGCGAAAGUGGUUUCGAUAACGGCGUCCGAAUCCCGGGCACCACCCACCGUCGUGCAGCUGGAUGUGGCCCGGGCGGUGGCCACGUUGAUGGCCUGUAUACGGAAUGUGGAAAAAAAGGCGCUCAUUUACAUAGAUGCCCGGCUGAUGGAGAAGUUCGUGGGCGAACACCUGCUGCGCCAGGAGCAUCUGCCGCCGUUGAUGGCCUACCUCGGCUGGCUGGCCGGGGCGGCCAAGCAGAUUUUGGCCAAGCCAACGCGACAGGACUCGGAACAAGACGCCCUGGGCGUGCUGCUGGCCACCGUGGAUGCACUCCUGCUGCAACCGCCCGUCUGGAGGGAGUUAAAUGCCUGUUCGGAUGCCGGACUGCGGUGCGAGCUGCUCGAGCUUCUGGGCUCGGUGGCUCGCUGCAUUCUCCAGGAUACCAUUUUCUAUCAGCGACAUCGGCUGGACAGAGGCGGUAGCGCGUUCAAGGGACCAGCACCGCAGGCGAUUUUCCUGGCAAAAUUGAUUGAAACGCAAAUUGAUAUCGAGUCUCUGGACAACUGCAGGGUCUUGGCAGGCGGCGAGGAUGCUCGUCUGCAGUUUGUGGGCCAGGAACUGGCCCAGGUCCAAGUACCAUUGUCGCUGGUGGCCUCCAUUGGUACUUCGCUGCUACGCACACAUCACUUUUAUGCCUACGCGGUGACUCCGCCCGAGCUUAUCCAGCAGCAGCCAGAGGAACAGCUGCAGCAGCAGAAGCAACAGGCCGAUGGCAAGUUGCCCACCAUACCCGUGGACAGUCUGAGCGAUGUGGAUAUCCUGCGACAAUUUGUCAAGCGGCUCUCAAUAUUGGGCUUCACCACACGGCAGCAGUUCGAGGAAUACUUCAUGACCUGCCUGCUGCUGAUCAACCAGCUGUACGACGAGCACAUGGUCGAUCAGCAGGAGCAGUUCCAGAUCAAGCAGGUCUGCCUGCAGGCCAUCCUCGAACUUUUAAUGACGUACAAAACUUUUCCCAUUGUGGGCCAGGCCAAUGGACAGUUCCAUCACACGACUCGCUGGCAGCGCAUCACUUGUGACAGCAUUAGCCUGAAGAAACUGCACAAGGUGCAGCUGCUGGUGGACGCGUGCAGUGUCUUCUAUCAGCCCAAUCUGGAGCGGCAGCUGGCCCACGACAAUGUGAUUGGCACACGCACCUUUGCGGCCAAUCAAUACGAUCUCAAUUUCAGCUGGGCCCAGAUGGAGGCCCAUGCGGGCGGGGGCAUGGGAACGGGAGAGGAGGCGGCCUCAGACAUUAAGCAGUCCUGCGAUUCGGAUGUGCCUGACAUGGCAAUGCGCAACUAUCGCCAUUUUACGCAGCUGUCGGGAAUUGACUUUCGCAGCAGCACGCAGCUGGUCUUUGACGUACUGCAGCAGAUGAUCGAGCUGAAUCACAUGCUAGUGCUGCCCAAUUUGGUAAAGUUUUGCGAGAUCUGCGAGAGUCGCGACCACAUCAAGUGGAUUAAAGAGCGUUGCCUUAAACUGCAGGAGCAAGUGGCCAUGGAUGAUACAAUUUCACAUCAGCACAUAAUCUACUUACUGUGCCGCAGUCAGGCCCUCCUCAUACCCAGCCUGGGCGAACUGCAGGCACUGUGCUCCCUGAUUGGCAACGUCUACUUGAAGAGCACGCACGGCUUCAUACGCAUCGCCACGCUGCAGGGGCUGCUCUGCCUGCUGGAGUGCUGCAGCAAGACCAACACGACAAUGGGCAGAAUGAGCGAGGAGCUGACAUUGUUGCGAGCCCUAAUUGUGGGCUACAUCAAUCGCCAUGGCAUCAUUGAUGAGAGCCCCCUGCAGUUCAGCGUGGAGCACACCAAGCUGGUCUGGACGCUCAAUUACAGCCUGAUCGAGUGGACAUCGAAAUUCGUGCCGCAAUGUCAUCUGUUGUCAAAUGCAGUCAUUGCGGCCAGCAAUUUGCUGAAGACGACCGCCGACGAGGAGCUGUAUCUUUGCGUUCUGCAUGGCCUGGAGCGCAUGGUGGUCAAUAGUAGAGUGCCUUCGCGUGGUGCCCAGCCUACUGGAAGGGAGGCGGCAGUCGCCGGAGCUGGAAUUGGAGUAGGAGCAGCAGCAGGAGCCGAGGCCGGAGUCGGAGUCGUGGUCACACCGCAGAUGCGACAUAAAAUUGAAAAACUUGCACUCGAAUUGCUGAAAAUGGAAAAUGAGAAAUUUUCGAUUCCGGCAUUGAAAUUGCUUUUGUCCUGCAUGUAUGUGGGUUCUGCUGCCCAACUGGAAAACACGGAGCUGUCGAACGGCAUUGUCCAGGACGAUCCGGAGAUAAUCGCCCAGCAAAACGACAAAGUCGAUAUACUUUUGCAUUGUAUUAAAUCAUCGACUCGAGAUGCCGCCUGGAUUUAUGGACAAGUGCUGUGCCAAAUUAUUCGUGAUUUAGUGCCACCGAAUGAAAUAUUGACGAAGGUCAUAAAGGAGUUUCUGGCCAUAAAUCAACCGCACGGCGAUGUUAUUGCCAUGAUUGUGUAUCAGGUAUUUCGCUCUGCCAUUGACUCGUCCUACCUGCAGAUGCUCCAGGACUGGCUGAUCUGCACACUGCCAACGUUCCUGGCCCAGCCGGAGCAGCAAGGUGUCUGGGGUCUCAGCGUCAUCUUUUUAUCCGCCUCCAUAAAUCUGCAUUUGAUUAAACUAUUUCCGCUGGUGCUCGGCAUCGGGGCGGCCAACACGGCGACAACAGGCACAGCGGCGGCAUCAGCGACGGCCCGAAAAUUGGGUCAACACGAAAUUGCAUUGUUCGUGACAGCUGCACAAGAUUUCCAUGCGAAAUUGAGUGGCGAGCAGCGGGAGCGCUUCCGCGAGGCCUUCAGCAGCUUUGAGCGGAGUCAAGUCUACGGCAGGAUGCUGCAGCGGCUGUGAGCCUGUGGCAGCGAUGCGAAAGCGAUAGUGAUAGCGAUAGCGAUACCAUAUAAUCAUUGGAGUGCUCGCCGAGAGCGAAUAUUUAUCUAACGUUUAAUUCCAAUUGCAGAAAGGGGCGGAAAGAAAAUGCAGGUCUGGGCAGCGGCCAAACUUGCUCCAAAGACAAGCGCAAGCGUGAAUAACUAAUUGCCCCGAGCUGCGGAGAAAGUUUGAGCGGAUGCCGGACAUGGCGGCCCUUCUUCGCGGCGAAAGAGAACGAAAAGUUUUUUAAUAGUUGGCGAAUUCGAAAUUAAUUUAUGCUUUACAUUAUGUGUAACUAAUAUUUAAAUUAUUGCAAACGAAUGUACGCCACCCCGACUUCCCCAAUCUGGUCGAAAGUUUAACGAGGCCACCAGGAGGAGAGCGACCCGCAAUUAAUUCCCGUGGCUUUCGACAAGGACCGAGGGCCAGGACCAGCAGACGGCCAACGGACGCUCACGGAAAUUAUGUUCUUGUCAGUUUUUGGUAAAGUUUAUCAUUUAUUUAUUAUGACAACGCCGCUUGCCAGGCAAAAGGGUAAACGAACCUCGCCAAAGGACGCUGGUGAACAUUAGCGGCUUAACCAAUUGCCGGCUAAUUCCUAAUCAAAAUUACUUAAAAAUUCCAUUAUGCAACCCCUAACCUUACCCACUUGUGUAUUCCAAUUGUAAUCAAUGUAACAACCAUAUUGUUUAACGAAAUAAAAUCACAAAUUA